UAGAGUCGCAUUCCCAUGCCCCCUGCCCAUCUGCAGAUAUACAUAUAUACAUAUAUACGUGUGUCUUUUUUAUCAGCUGGCAAGCGGGCGCCCAGCAGUCGUCAUAUCCGUGUAGUUGGCGCUGCCCAUAAAACGUCAUGGAGAUACCAGGCUAGCCGGCAAUCGGUGUCUGGUGGCUCAGUGGUGCAGCGGUGCAGCGGUGCAGUGCGGUGCGGAGUGCCUUGCCCUUUUGGGAAUGUGUUGACGCAGCAGACGGACAGGAGAAAGAAGGUAAACAGCAAACAGCUCAAGUUUUUAGACAACAACAAGUGGAAAUGCAGUCGCUGAGUCGUCGGAUGGAUAUGGGUUUGCCUAAGGAGAAAAGUGUGUAACCAACAGAUUGGCUGACUGAUGGAUGGAUGGACGCAUGGAUGAGCCAAGCAAACAACAACAAUCAACACACACACACACACACACACAUAAGCAGAAAACUAUGCGUUUAUCUAUAGAUAAACAGAUGCAUCCCAGUGCCACGCACAGGGGUUGUGCAGUAGCUCAGAUGGAAUCACACCAGCAGAUACGAAUUACAAAUAUUUUCGGUCAAUUAGCUGCGCAAUAAAAUAAAUAAAUUAAAAAUCAAAAUCUUGUUUUUUGU